GUAUCAUUGCAACAUUGCACUUGGAAGUUGAUGUCACUCCAAUCAAAGGAAUAAUGGCUGCGCUUUCAGGUUCUGCAAUUAUUAAUGAAAUCCAUGCCCAUUCAAUCAUCCGUUGGAGCGCCGUGCUGGCUUGCAGUCCAAGAUCUUUGUAUCCCUUGACUUGGAAAGCUUCGCUUCUCCCCACUUUACGCUGUAUAUGUGCAAUGUAUUAUUGUACGAAAAUAGAAUCCCAAGCGGCCAGCUGGAGACACGGGUCGGGUGCUGCUGAUCUUUUGCCUGGGGAAUCAUGGAUCUUCUUGCCAGCAAUAUUUCUGGGCUGACGAUCUUUUCUGAUUCAGGGCUGAUUGUAGCUUACUUUUCUGAACAGGGGCGAGGCACACAUAGACAGAGAGAGAGAGAUAGAGAGAGAGAGAACUGUCGCAGCCAGGAUCUGUUGGCAGACCCCUUAAUACACAGUGCUCGGCGGCGACUUCACCAACCAGAACGUUAACGCCUUGGCAUCGAAGACGCUACGCUCACGUUCUCAUCCUUCCAACGAUGCCACGAUCUCACCCAAGCAAACACUAACGCUUGAUCCAAUUUAAAAAUCCACAUUCUAGACUUGGGAACUAAGCGAUUUUGCUCCCCUGCCGUAUUCGCGUAUUCCCCCCUCGAAUUAUCAUGGAAUUGGUACGGACCAGCAGCCACCGUGCUCAGUCCACAAAUCACGAGAUGGAGGUUCGAACCAGUGGAUUCUUCGAAUCCGAGACACCGAACACAUGGCCGAGAGAUGGCUGCACUCCGUAGAGGAGAGAAGCCUUGGAAUUUGUCUUUCCCUGCUCCAAUAAUGCGAUGAAGACAUCCCAGGGGAGACAAGAGCGCAUACCUUGUUUCCAGGAAGCCGGUUUUACUAUAGUGCUUUCUUUUUUAUGCCAAACUGACAGGAUAUUUUUACCCACCACUGCUCCGGACUUCCGUAACUUACUCAGCCUCGGAAAACACUUCUGGAAACUCCACAAAUCACCAACGAAUCAGGGAAACCUCAUCGUCGAUUCGGGUCGAUAUGCCGACUAAAGGAGCGACUAAAAUCCCUUGCAUUGAUUGGUCCAGCACAACAAUAACUCUGUUCGCAGGCCAACAAUUAUGAUUGCAAAGUUGCCCGUGAAGUCUGCAGGGCUGGUAUGAAAAUAAAUGCAAUUAUCGUGGUUGACUGCGAAUCUGCAUGAUUGACAGUUGCUAGCGUCGGUCUAUGAAAGCCUCAUGGAUUUCGCUGUACGGAGUAGUCUGCCACCUUUCGCUGGCAAAACAGCCGUUUGUCGUAAUUGGAGAGCUCCAGCUCCUGGUACAAGUCGUUGUCCUAGGCCAGAACCAGAAAAACCAGCACUCUUUCCUGGUUAAGCCUUUUGUGCGCAGGGGCGCUAAUGUGAAUCAAUAUUGAUGUUCUCAAUUUUGUCAUACCAUCACCAGGGAAUAUGGUGAAUCAUUGUUGGGCAGGAUCUAUCAUUAUUCUAUUAUUAUUCUGAUAAUUGGGACUUUGUACACAGUACGUACUCGCUUUGCUUGGUCACCGUUCAAGAAGGAUUUUGCGCUGAAGGCAUUAUUAUUUCCAGCUGGUACUUGGUCGUUCCCGGAAGCCAUGGCCACAAAAGUCAAACCCAGCCACGAGUGGAGUCUCCCACCAUACAGAGCCUCCAGAACAAGGGCAGCAUGGACAAGGACGCUAUCACCUAAGACAUGCAUGGGGUCGCUUCAUAGGAACUCAUAGCUGAGGUUCCUCGACUUCUUGAGCGGAAACCCACCUGAAUGGCAGACAUGACUAUUGAAAUAGUGAUGGAUUCCCCGGGAUAAAAUGUAGUUCUUUUUCUCUCUUUUUUUUCUUCUUCGGAUAAUUCUUUAACCCAGUCACUCGUUUAAUCCUUUCACUUCGACAUUGACACGCCUACGCAUACUCACAGACCAUGCGGUGGACACUACUGCUUCUAGGCGCCUCACUGGCCUCUGCGGCAGUGAAGGAUAUUUUUGCCGACCUGAGUCCAAACCUUCCCCUAUCGUCGUUCGGCAAAUUCCACACCAUCUCUCUCGAAGAUGUUAAGCAGGGAAAGGAUCUUAUCGGAAAACUGAUCCGCCCUGCACCAAAGCAAAAGCCCAAUGAGCCAACCUUCUCAACAUUUGGCGCAGCUUGCGUCGGCAGGACGGACAUGCGCCUUGAAUGGCGCCGCGCCUCACACAACGAUCGUAUGGCAUUUUUGAGGGCUGUAAGGUGCUUGAUGGACCGCCCACCGUCAGGUAGAUUCCAAUAUGCAAGAAAUCGCUACGAGGACUUUGCCCGCCUCCAUCAGCAAAAGCUCGAACAGAUCCACGGCAAUGACCUGUUCCUUUUGUGGCACCGUUACUUCGUGUGGACUUUCGAGCAGGUUUUGAGGGAUGAGUGCGGCCUUGAUAGACCUAUGCCCUGGUGGGACGAGACUAGAGACGCUGGUCGAUUUGCCCAAGCACCUUUGUUCACCAACGAUUACUUUGGCUCUCUCCCAGGUCCUCGCAAUGGACAGGGCGUCUGCAUCACUGAUGGUAUUUUUGCUGGCCUCACUUGCAAUAUCGGCCCAGGCAUGUCCAACAGGCCCCACUGCCUCGCGCGUGCCGUUGACGAGAACCAGACACGGCAAUGCAACAAUGAUUUCGUCAUUGCGUGCAACCGACGAACCAACUACGCAGCCAUGCAUAGCUGCGCUGAAACUGGUCCACACGCUUAUGGCCAUAACGGUAUUGGCAGCGUUAUGAUGGACGUCGCUGCCAGCCCUAGCGACCCUCUCUUCUUCAUGCACCACGCAUUUAUUGACAGAAAUUUCCGUGUCUGGCAAAACGAGGCACGUCCACGCUGGACGACAAUCAACGGCAACGACUACCGGGGUAGGCCACUGACGUUGGAUACUAUUAUCUCCAUGGAUGGCAUCCGACCCGAUGUUAGAAUCCGGCAAAUCCUGGACACCCUCGGUGGAGCGACCAUUGGUGGAGUACCCUUCUGCUACCGCUACGAUUAUUAGAGAUAGGUAAAUACAUAUAUCUUUGGCAUGGGCGAGUGUGGCUGAAUUUACCGCACCAAUUUUCGCCGCGAUUUUACUCCUUCUCCUUGCACACAAUUUCUGUUUCGAUCCAACGUUCUGCCAUUGUUCACGAUGGAACUAUCUAUAUUUUCGGAUAAUUUUUAAUUUAAUUGCAUUUCCUGAAGGGCAGAGAAGUAAGAAUUCCUUGAGUCUAUAUCAACUGUUUAUCUUAUGUGACCUCGUUUCCCACCUCAACGUAGGAUCAUUUUGUAUCCAGUAACAUUUUCCUUCCGUCGAUAGUUGUUUCAUUUGCUUUUCUUUUCCUGGCUUGCCCCACCAGAGCGGUGGGAUGGCAUUUUAUCUGGACACCUGAACCUAUCGUUCCUGGGCUAAGCUAGUGAGUGACUUUGGAGGGAAACUGUGUCACACCAUAACAAUCCCAAGAGAGCGAACGUACCUGUGUUGUAGGCCGGCCAUUUCUGAAUGUCAAAGUCAUACCAAAAGAUGCGUAAGUCUCACUUAAAUUUUCUCAGGUGAUUGAUUGGUCUUCAAUUCAAAAUAGGUAGUAGAGGACGGCGCCGCGGGAAACCAAUGCGCAGCAGGUGAUAAAACGCCACGCUCUCCAAAACAAGCACAGAUAGUACUGGAUUUGCGCCUGUGUAAAGAAAGGUUUUAAAAAGAAAAAAAGUAAAAAAGUAAAAAAAAAAAAAAAGAA